AUGACGAGAAGAAGACUGCAGCAGAGGGAGAUUCCUAAUGAUGUGGUGAUGGAGGAGAUCCUUGCGAGACUGCCGGCAAAAUCUCUGAUGAGAUUCAAGUGUGUGUCAAAGGUUUGGUCAUCGCUUAUCAGCUCACGAUAUUUCAGCAACCGUUUUCUCACAGUCCCAACCAGACCUCGUCCUCGGAUUUACAUGUGUUUGCAGGAUAACAAUGACUACAGUAACUCUGUAACACUAUCAUUGGCUCCAGACACUACUAAUCCUAAUCGCUUUGUGGUUGACCACAAUCUGACCUGCCCUCGGGUGGGAGGCUACGGCCCUGUUCUUUUCAAAGUCGCUGCGAUUAGCGUCAGCGAUUAA